UUUAGGCUGGGACCACCUGACGCCCACCCGCUCCCGCCCCCGGGGUCGGGAGACAUAAAAGCUGACUGAGCCGAGAAGUUGGCAGCUGCCAAGUUUUCUGUGCCUUCUGUCGCGAGCCAAGGAAGCCCGGGCACUCUUUGGCGCUGGGACUUUUACACACAGCCUUCCAGCCUCCUCCCGAGAGCUCUUCCCCGCUGGGCCUGUGGCUGCGAAGCCUUUUUUCAUUUUUUUUCACAACCCACAAAAACCACUAGCUGCUGAGGCUCCAAAGAGACCAAGAUGUGGACGGCGCCAGUGUUGUUCUGGGUUUUGGGAAGCGUCUGGUUCUGGGACUCUGCGCUGGGAGGAGCCAUCGGCCGACUAGAAGAUGAUGUUGUGACCCCAAGCACAGGAGACGGCAUGGUGAACUCAGGUCUAGAAGACAGGAUAGUCACCACGGCUCCUACUAGAGGAGUGAAGGAAUCUACUGGCAAGGCACCUCUGGUACCGACACACACACAGAGUGGAAUAAAGCCAGCCAUUGAGGAACUGCCAACCCCAGGAACCUCAGACCGAGAUCGUGAGGGCCAUAAAAGCACAACCACCGUCCAAGUGGUGACCAGCCACUCGGCGGAUGAGAAAACAAGUCACCCCAACAGAGAUAACGCAGAUGAGGAGACACAGACAACAGAUAAGAAAGAUGGCUUGGCAGUCGCAACCCUGGUUGGCAUCAUAGUCGGCGUCUUGUUAGCCAUCGGCUUCGUGGGAGGGAUCAUCAUUGUGGUUAUGAGGAAGAUUUCUGGAAGGUUCUCGUAA